AUGGACGACCAAGACAUCGCCGCCGAGAUCGACCCCGAGAUGGCCGCCUUCAUGGGCUUCGCCUCCUUCGGCACCCAGCCCGCCGCCAAAAAGCGCAAGUACAACCACCGAACCGACGCCGUCUCCGACGCCGACACCGAUGCCGGCCACGCCCCCACCCGCACCUCCGCCACAGGCGCGAACCAGACCGCCCUCGCCGCCCGCACGCCGCGUGCUGUUUCGACCGAGAACCCCGCUGCGCCACCGCCGGCCAACACGGAUGAGAUAGCCCUCGACGACGACGACGACGUCGCCGUCGUCGAUGCCGACAGACCGUCUGCUGCGGAAGACCAAGAUCUCGAAGACGGCGGCGCCAGGAUCUACUCGGAUCCCUCCAUCGCUCCCGCCCUCGCCCAUGCCCAGAGCCUCAUCGACGAACUGUCCACCCGCGCUGGCGACGGCGACGCAGCCGCUCCGUCGGAAGAAUCCGCCACCCCCGCACCCAUCACUCUCCCCUCCUCCUCCUCCGCGGCGCUGCCCCGACGCCCCGACGCGUCGUGGGGCAAGGAGAUGGGGUCCGUCCCGACGACGAUGCCCACGAGGGAGCGGCCCGCGCAGGCGCAGGCUGCCGACCAUCAGCCCCGUGGCGGUGGUGGUGGUGGUGGACACUACCAGCAACAUCAGGGGAAAGACGGGAAGCCCUGGUGGGAGGGCUACUACGACCGCGCAUCCAACGAGAACCCGUGGGAUAGGCUCGAGAAGAAGGCCGGUGUCCAGUCGAGGGGGUCUUGGGUGCCUCGGGGCCAGGCUCAGACGGCCUGA